AUGAGACCAACGGUCCCCCGGAUCUGUGUUGCCCGCAAUACCUUCAAAUGUCACGAUGCCUUGCUGCGAAUCUUCUUCUCCUCGGAGAGAUGCAUGUCUACCACUUCCAGACUCGAUGAGCCCUUCGGAACUCUACUACGCACCCACCGCUCCAAGCCCAAUCCCACAGACGAAUCGAAACAGGAGCCCAUCCCAGGUGUCACCAAGGAAAUAGUCGCUGCCAACAUACGGCAAUUGAAAGAUAUCCAUCCCAAAGAUCUCGAGGCGACACUUGAAGCUCAUCGUGCAUCCAAUGCCGCGUAUGCGGAACGUGUGGCAAGCACACCACCUGUCAACGUCGGCACGCGGAGUCGCGAUGCAGGUAAAAGGGACCUGGAGCAGUAUAAUGGGAAAAUGAUGAAAAAUAUGAACAAACGCUUGAAUAAACAACUCGACAGUAGACUGAAAGACAAGCGCCAGCCAAGCUCAGGCACAGACCCUGAAGCAAGGAAAAAGCCAGUAACAAGGCCGAAAGAAAGCACGCUGAAUAUACAGCGAGGAGCCUCGAAAGCCACGCUUAGUAGCUCAGAGCGAAGACAAAUGAACGAUGCAGAGAAGUUGGAAUACGAAGGCACGGUAAUCCAACCAAUGGUCGAUACCGUCGUCGAACCGGAGAAGUUACCCUGGUAUAUUGAUGAAUCAGAAAGACGCCGACUAGGCCUUGAUGGGCUUAAGCGACUUGAUCUUGAAAUCGAAAGGUUCCAUGCCUACGUUCUGCCUUCUCCCGUACACGAAGCUGCCAGGGCGCAAGUAAUCGCAGACACUCGAGCCAAUAUAAAGCGAUUUGUUGAUGGAAUAUCUAGUGAAGUCUUUGGGUCGGUUCGCACAGGCUUGGCUUUGGCAACCUCCGACAUUGAUAUCCGCAUACGUCUCAAUGAGGCCCCUCGUGGCGCCCAAGGCAAAACGGCUCCUAGAUUCUGGAUCCGAAAGGAGCUAGGGUCUUCGCUGAAGAGAUUCCAUGAUCGUAUUCACGGGAAUAUUGUCAGUCAUAGGAAACGUUCAAUCUCACCGCCAUAUAUGCUUGUGGAAUAUCGCCACGCGCGUUAUCCAUUAAUUUCAAUGCAGCAUAUCAAGUCGGGCCUUGACGUUCAGAUUGUGUGCGCCAACGACUCAAGUGUAUCGAGAGACUACAUGGCUACUUAUCUGGAGAUGUACCCUGGCCUGAGGAGGGUAUAUAAUGUUGUCAAGCUCGCCAUGGACGUCAGGGGCCUCACAGAUGUCUUCCGUGGGGGUCUUGGGUCCUACUCCAUUUUCAUGAUGGUAGCGGCAAGCUUCCGACUCGAUGGCGACGCUAAAUCGAAAACGCCAGCACAGAACCUUCUCCAAUUCUUGGAUUUCUGGGGUAAUCUCGAUCUAUACACAUGGGGAGUCUCGCUUCAACCACCUGCACUGUUCAAGAAAAGUAAUUCCAAGCCGAAGAAGGGAAACCACAAAAAUUCCAAACCGCAGGCAUCACCAGACGCACACUCUGGGGUAGAUGAGAUCCUCCAUGGCCGGACUCAGAUCGGCCGCAUCGACAAAAAUCAACCGUAUCUUAUGUGUCUGCAAGAUCCUGCUGAUCCACUGAACGAUUUGGGCUACAAGUCUUUCGGUAUAAAACAUAUCAUAGCGACACUGCGCUCCAUCGGCGAAGAGCUGAAAGUCCAAAUCAGAGCCGACAGUCAAGGUUCACUCCUCGAGCCUGCAGUCGGGCCAGCUUUCCCCUUGCAUCUGUCGCGGAGAUGGAAGCUGGAAGAAUAUGGGCGCGAAGUCAUGAGUCAAGACGCUGUCCCAAGCAUUGCUGACGUCAUCAGCAACGAGCCUGAUGUGCGUCCUGAUAAGGAGGCCCGUCGUGCAUGGGCCUAUGCCCAAAAACGUGCCGAGAGACAUGGAAAGCAACUGAUCGCCAUGAAGGAGGCGAACAAGGCUGACCAGAAUGAACAUGAACAACAAGUACAUGCCAAGCGCCUGGAAGACUCGCCUGUCAUGGCUACUACACCUGUAGAAAGUCGUGAUACAAGUGAUGAAGAGGCACAAGGGUCGACGGCUUCGCCAAGGGCUGUACAAGAGGAUGACGUGAUUCGACCAGAGCACUCAUGA